AUGCCACAGGAACCUUUCUGGAUUCUUGAGGACACUUUCCACUUCCGAAUUUCUUCUCCCUCCAUGAUCUCAAACCUGUAUGUCCUUGGUGUGUUGGUCUCCUUCAACAUCAGCUGUCCUCACAGCUCCACUCUGUGGAGAAACAAAGGUAAAAGGAGAGUCAAGAUGCCAAAACACACAUAGAAUCAUCAAAUUGUAGAGUUAGAAGGGACCCAGAGGGCUAUCUAGUCCAACCCCCUGCAAAGCAGAUAUCACAGCAAAGAGAGCUGUUGUGAAGGAAAGGUUUGCUCCUUCCUAGGAAAGGCAUGUGCUGUGAUGUCCCUGUGCAUAAAGAUGACUAAGUUCUAGUAAAAUCUGGGGAGAUGAGGGGGCAUUUGCUAGAAAUAAAUCCUUUGAAUUCUCAGAGAACAGAAGCCCACAUGGUGAGAACAGGAUGCUGGACUAGAUGGGCCAUUGGCCUGAUCCAGUAAGCCCUUCUGAUGUUCUUAUUGCUCACUUGAUUUUACUUUCCAGAUGAGCUGCAACCUUUCUGUAAUCAUGCUUUUUUCUUUUUUUUCUUUUUUCUUCCACUGUCUCCCAGGCCUCACUGUUUCAGAAGCUCAAAGUGCAGUGGUCAACAUCUCAUUACUAGAUGCUUCUAACCUUCUUGCUAAAGAACCUGUCUCCAGAAGAGCAUUGUAUGAUGUGAUAUUUCUGGUGACGGAGCUACCCAGCCAUGGGACCCUGUCCGUUGCCGAUGGACCAGUUGAUAAAAAGCAUCCCUACUUCCUCCAGUCUGAUCUUGCUGCAGGUGACUUGGAAUAUGCCCACCAUGGACCCAGCACCCUGGGUGAUCAUUUCAGCUUUAAAGCCUGGCUCCGGCCCAGCACAGAGAGAUCUAUUCAGCCCCCACAAGAAGGGGAGGAGCCUGUCAUUUCUGGGAUGUUCAACAUCACAGUGAGUGACAGAAAUGAAAUGCCACCCGUGUUGCUCACCCAAGGCCAGGUUCUGCAGGUCCUCCAGGGUUCCCCUGCAAUGCUUUCUCAGGAACAACUGAACACCAUGGAUCCUGACAGUUUUCCUGAAGAAAUCAAGUACAGGAUCCUUUCUGGGUUAUCCAGUGGCUUUGUAGUCAAUAUCCAUGCUACGCAGGCGGCAAUUACCCAGUUUACUCAAGCAGACAUCAACGCAGGGCACUUGAGGUUCAUCGCCAAUGGAACGGACUCUUCUGGAGUCUUACACCUUGCUAUCUCCGAUGGACACAAUCCACCCAUCUUAACGUCUUUGGAAAUCAUAGUUCUUCCAGCAACCACCUGGGCAACAAAUCAAAUCCCGUUGGAGAUACCACAGGGUGUCAACAUGGCCUUCCUGUCUCGCAAGCACCUUCUGGGGGCCUCAGGCCAAGAGCAGCAAAAUACCAUCUAUAGACUCAUCAGGGACCCACAGUUUGGUCAGGUCAAUGUCAACCAAAAGCCCGUGAGGGACUUUUCACAGAGCCAAGUGGACAAUGGAGAAGUGACAUUUACUUUCACUGACUUCAUCUCCCCCAAAGAUGAAUUCCAGUUCCUUGCCACAGCAGGAGAUGUCAACAUUUCAGGCAUUGUGAAUGUAAUGGUCAAGGCCUUGGUCAAAACCCAACAGGAUAUCCUUUGGCCAAGAGGAGCCACCGUCCAGCUCAACACCGACAUCCUUGACGCAAGUGAACUGGGCAGCAGGACCAAGAGCAUCCCAGCCUUCAAAAUCCUCCGAGCACCCCAAGGGAGCCAUUUUGUGAAACUCUCGAGAGACAAAAGGAACCCGCCCGUCUCCACUGAUGCCUUCACCCAGCAGGAUCUUGAGGGAGGGCUAGUUGGGGUGGAGAUAUGGGAAAGAGAAGACUCUCAGGAAAACCUCCAGCAGGACAGCUUUCUGUUUGAGUUGGUGGCUGAUGGGGUGCCCCCUGCUGUGGAAUCAAUGGCAUACAUCACUGAGGCCUUCAAUUCCUCAACAGCCUAUGGAGCGAAACUGCUCAAAGUGCCUGAUUUCCAAGAAGGGGGCCAAAACCCCACAACCCAAAGCAUAACCCCUUCUCUGCAGAUGUUGACAACUAGGCGCCCACAGCCAGAAAACACUGAGUAUAACUCCAGUGAGACACAUGUUCGUCCAACAGCAUGGGCUGGGCACAUAACAGUUACUAGUGCAUUUCCUACGGAAAGAAGCACACUACUUAGUUUCAUUGAAGCCAAUAUGUUCAGCAUCAUUCUCCCCAUCUGCCUCAUCCUUCUGCUUCUUGCUUUAAUCCUGCCCUUACUGUUCUACCUCCACAAACGGAACAAGACUGGUAAGCACAAUGUCCAAGGCACACCCCCCAAAUACAAAAAUGGUACAUUGGUUGACCAGGAGACUUUCCGGAAGACUGACCCCAACCAAGGCAUCCCUUUGACAACAGUCAACACACUGGAGGCCAAAGGAGCAGGACCCAACUCAAAGGGGAUAGGGCCAGGAGGCCAGCAGGAUCCAGAACUGCUCCAAUAUUGUAGGACACCCAACACAGCCUUAAAAAACAGUCAGUACUGGGUCUGA